UUGCUCGCUCGAACUUUUCUGUCCAGCAAAUCCAUCUCUGCUCCUUCACUGAACAUUCUAUAGGUGCUUCUACAGGCGAAAACUCUUUCGACAUGUCUCAGGACAACCACGAUGAUCAAGUUCGUCCAGACGUGGAUGCAGGCACUGUUUUAGUGACUGGUGGUAGUGGAGGACUAGGCCAUCAAAUCAUCACCAUGUUUUCAACAAUGCGAGAGUCUUCGCGGAUCCAUUCCGUCGAUCUCCGGGCACCUGUCAAACCGCUUGAAAGCGUGCAGUACCACCAGACCGACCUCACGGACGAGAUUGCCAUCCGGACCUUGUUCGACCUGGUCAAGCCUGCGAUAGUCAUACAUUGCGCGAGCCCAAGAUACGACGCGUCGAUGGAAGUCAUGAGAAGGAUCAACGUCGAGGGCACCAAGCUUCUUGUUGACAUUGCGAAGGCAUCCGGAACAAAAGCCUUUAUUUACACAAGCUCUGCAAGCGUAAUCAGCGACGGCAAGACUGAUUUGAAAGGGGCAGAUGAGUCGUAUCCGUUGAUCAUUGGCGAGGCGCAACCUGAGUACUAUGUCAACACCAAGGCUCUCGCAGAAAUGUACGUUCUUUCCCAGAAUCAGCCUACAGGAACGCCACGAUUCCUUACAUGUGCCUUACGCCCCUCCGGCAUCUUUGGCGUAGGCGACUCGUGGGUUGUUCCCGGAAUCCUCGAAGCCUACCAUCGAGGUCAGACUUGGGUCCAACUCGGGGACAACACAAACUUGUUCGAGUUCACGGAAAACACAAAUGUAGCAUACGCUCACGUUCUGGCUACAGCGGCACUGGUAGCAGCCUACGCGAAGGACAACACGACUGUCGCUGAGGACAAAGUGGAUGGUGAAGCGUUUUUCAUCACCAACGAUGAGCCAGUGUAUUUCUGGGACUUCACUCGGACAAUCUGGAAGUAUGCUGGUGAUACAACAAAGCCCGAGCACAUAUGUGUCGUCCCUAGGUCCUGGGCAAUGGGAGUAGCUUUCGUCCUUGAAUGGGUCUACUGGGCGUUGUGGCUUGGCAACCCGCCGCUGACCAGGACCAAAGUGAGGCUGAGUUGCAUGACAAGAUACUAUUCGAUCACAAAGGCAAAACAGCGACUUGGUUACAAACCCGUAGUGGGAAUGAGAGAGGGAUUACGUAGAGCCGUCGAAGAUUGUUUGAGGCGGGAGAUCGGGCUGACCAAAGGUCAUUUGAAGCAGCAGUAG